GGUCAGACAGUGAACAAGUCCGAUCUUGUAAUCAGGAAGAAAGAAACAGAGCAUGUAAAAAUGGCGACUUUUCACCCUCUCUGUUCUCUCUUCCUCCUCUUCCUCCUAACCUCUUCAACAACCUCCCUAACCGUCUCCUCCCUACUGAAUCCCAACCCCUUCAAACCUCCUCGGAUCCCUUACUCCGACCACUGCAACCACAUAGUCCCCUCCUCCCCCACCGACCCUUCUCCCUCCUCCUCCUCCACCCCCGCCUCCCUCGCCUUCGACGUCAGCUUCUUCUCCGGCGGCGACUCCUUCUUCAACCAAAACUCCUCCUCCGUCGUCAAAGCCGCGACCUUUCGACCCAAAUCGAUCCGUAAGACAUUGGGAGACGGAGAAAUCUACAGAGUCGAGGCCAGAUUGAGUUUACAAAUCGCUAACUAUGGAGGCGGUUUAGGGGGGCAGCGGAAGAUUCAGAUCGAGGGUCGGAGAAUCCCUGUGAGCUUUAUGGGUGGACAAAGUUUCGAUUUUUACGGGUUUUGGUCGGAACGGACAGGGAGAGUCUGUUUGGUCGGAUCAGGGCAGGUUUUGUCUAAGUUUGGGACUUAUAAGUCUGUUGAUGCUCGUCUCGUGCUUAACUACUCUAAAGAGUCUAAUAUCUACGGGAGUUUAGUGAAAGGAGUGUUGGAGAGUGUUGAUAAAGAGAGCGACUUCGAAACGGUGUCGCUUCUUGGUGCGAGAACCACUCCUUUGAAUUAUGAGUAUAAGUCGUUGGAGGGAUCUGAGUGUGGGAAGAACAGUGAGGAGAGUUUGUCGUUGGAGAGUGUUGUGGGAGGUUUGUGUAAAGUGUUUGAAGGUAGAAGUCAUGUUUACAAAACUACUUGUGGUGGGAGUGGGACUAACCAUAGUUGCAGUGAGUACAUGUCUUUGUUAUCGUUGCUGUGUGAUGGUGAGAAGAUGCGGAUGGUUUUGUCGUUUAGUAACGUUAGUGGUUUCAGCAGGUUGUUUCCGUUUGAUCCGAGGGAUACUUUGGUUGCAGAGGGAGGUUGGGAUGUAGAGAAGAGUAGGUUCUGUGGUGUUGCGUGUAGGAUCUUGAAUUUUACUGAUUCUUUGAGUAAUGCUGUGGUUGGUGACUGUUCUUUGAGGUUGAGUUUGAGGUUUCCAGCUGCUUUGUCGAUUACAAGAACGGCUCCAGUAGUUGGGGAGCUUUGGAGUGGCGAAACAGGUAGGAUCGAGUUCUCAAGCAUAAAUGAUCCGUUGUGGCGUUUCUCUGGUUUGAGGUAUGAGUAUACAGAAAGUAAGAGAGUGGGUGAGUUAUGCAAGAAGAGGUCCAAAAGCAAAGGAAAGCAUUAUCCUGAUGCUCAAACUUCAGACAUGAGAUUCGUCAUGUCGGUGAAAGACUCUGGAGGAGGAGGUAAUGUGUUGAGAUCUGCUCGUGCAAGCCCUUACUUCGUUGGAGAUAAACUGUAUCACGAUCUUUUGGUUCGUGGGCAAGGGGUUGGACUAAGUGGAGUCCCUAUGAUGAAUGUUAACAGUGUCACCAAAAGCUUCACAAACAUCACUUACAAGAUUCGUUUCUUGAAUCCUGUUACUGAAUCCCGGGGUGAUAUCUAUGCAGAGGGAACGUAUGAUAGGGAAACAGGUGAGUUAUGUAUGGUUGGAUGUCAAUCAGUGAAGGUAAACAGUACUGUGGAUUGCAGUCUUGUAAUCAGAUUCAAGUUUUCUCCUAUUGAUUCAAAAAGCGAUGACCGUUUAAAAGGGUAUAUUGAAAGCACACGAGAGAAGACAGAUCCGCUUUAUGUUGGUCGUAUGGAGGUUGUGUCUAGGUCCAUCUAUGUUCAUCAAGCUAAAGAAUCUGUUUGGAGAAUGGAUUUGGAGAUUGCUAUGGUUUUAAUAUCAAACACACUUUCAUGUCUCUUUGUUGGGAUGCAGCUUUACCAUAUGAGUAAACACCAAGAAACACUUCCUUUCAUCUCCAUUGCGAUGCUAACACUUCUCGUACUCGGUCACAUGAUUCCUCUACUGUUAAACUUUGAAGAGCUCUUCAAAAGUGGUCAUAAUAACCAGGAGAGCUUGUUCUUCGAGAAUGAUCGAUGGCUUGAAGCCAAGGAGAUUGUGGUGCGGAUAGUUACAAUGAUAGCUUUCUUACUCGAGUGCCGUCUUCUCCAGCUAGCUUGGAGUGGUAGAAAAAACGCUGAGGAUCAUCACCGUGACGCCGUGUGGGAUGCAGAGAAGAUGGUGUCUUAUGUGUGUUUACCACUCUACAUAACAGGUGGAUUGAUAGCUUGGCUAGUGAACCAUAACAGAACUCCUAAAAGAGUUGUUUACAUAGGGAAGCCACGCGCUCGUAACCUCUUGUACCGUCCAGUGACUUUAAAACGCACUUUCCAACGUCCUUCUUUGUGGAAAGAUUUGAAAUCUUAUGGAGGUUUGAUGCUUGACGCCUUCCUUCUCCCUCAGAUACUCUUCAAUGGGUUCAGCAACUCUGACUCAAAGUCUCUUGCUGCUUCGUUUUACGUUGGACACAGCUUUGUUCGUUUGCUUCCUCAUGCUUAUGAUCUCUACAGAAGUCACAGCUACGGGAAGAUUCUUGACUGGUCAUUCAUUUAUGCAAGCCACAAAGUGGACUAUUACUCCACUGCAUGGGAUAUCAUCAUCCUCUGCAUCGGUUUCGUUUUCGCUGUUGUGGUCUUCUUGCAGCAGAGAUUUGGGGGUCGUUGUUUCAUCCCUAAGAGCUUCAUAGAGGAUGUGAGAUAUGAGAAAGUGGUGGAGUUGCAGCAACCUGGUGAGCUACACAAGUCCAAUGAUUCUUAAUGAUAUACGGAUACACACAUUUUUGUCUUUUAUUGUUUUGUUGGUUGUAAUGUAUCCAAACUUUUUUUUUUUGUGGAACAGAUUGUUGAUUGUUACAGAGUGAAUAUAAACUUACCAUAAGCAUGUAACCAAAUUGCUGAAGCUAACUUUGCUUAUAAUAUUUUGAUAUUUUCUCUUGUGG